AUGUCCAUACCGAAGCAAAGACUACUGCAGGUAGCAAGCUUAUCUGCACGGAUCUUCAAUGAAAAUUUCAACCCCACAGCUGCACGUAAUGGUGGGAAAAUUCUGUCCAAAAGACUAAAAGGUGCGUCAAUCGCGGGCUACUACGGGAAUCCUGAUUUCUUGAAAUUCAAGCACCUAAAGACUCUAUAUCCAGAAUUUCAAUUUACCGAUGAACAAGAAGAAUAUAGGCUGUCUAUGAAUGAAGCCCGGAAACGUAGAGGCAAGGGUGCUCCUACAAAGAAAAAAGAAGCCAGCAAAGACAAGGGCAAAACGAAAAAGAGAAAGUAG